AUGUAUAUUGAUCCUCAAAAGAAUAAUCAAGUUCGUAAGUUGGAUAUACCAGGCAUUCAUAAGAAAGAGAAUAUGAGCGAGGAACAUGUCAGAGAUGACGACGGUUUAACUGCUGAACAACGGGAACAACAUCUCACAUUGAAGAAGUUGAGCGAACAAGUACGGGCAUCCGAGCGAGAAAAAGAGGCUCGUAAUGAGCAGCAACAGCGGGAAGCACAAUCAUCGGAUGGUUCACAAGCAAAGAAUGCCACUCCAGUAAUGCGUGGGAAAAACACAUCGGGGAAAUAUUGUUUAACUGAUUUCCAAAUCUUACGAACUUUGGGGACAGGUUCCUUUGGAAGAGUGCAUUUGGUCCGCUCCAAUCAUAACGGAAGAUUCUAUGCGCUGAAAGUCUUGAAGAAACAAACUAUCGUGAAAUUGAAGCAAGUAGAGCACACAAACGAUGAACGUAGAAUGCUCUCUGUCGUAUCACACCCUUUUCUCAUCCGAAUGUGGGGAACUUUCCAGGAUGCGGAACAAGUUUUCAUGGUUAUGGAUUAUAUUGAAGGUGGUGAACUAUUCUCGUUGCUUCGUAAGAGCCAAAGAUUUCCAAACCCAGUAGCGAAGUUCUACGCGGCGGAAGUUUGCUUGGCGCUGGAAUACUUACAUGCAAACGAGAUCAUCUACAGGGAUUUGAAGCCGGAAAAUAUACUGCUUGAUAGAAAUGGUCACAUCAAGAUCACUGAUUUUGGUUUCGCAAAAUACGUACCAGAUGUGACGUAUACUCUGUGUGGUACUCCUGACUAUAUCGCUCCCGAAGUGAUAAGUACAAAACCUUACAACAAGUCAGUAGAUUGGUGGAGUUUCGGUAUAUACAUCUAUGAGAUGUUAGCCGGUUAUACCCCAUUUUACGAUGCAAACGCUAUGAAGACUUAUGAAAACAUUUUAAACGCAGAAUUGAAGUUCCCUCCGUUUUUCAAUGCCGAUGCUCAGGACCUACUUUCGAAAUUGAUAGAGAGGGACUUGAGUAAGCGUUUAGGUAACUUACAAAACGGAUCCGAAGACGUGAAAAACCAUCCUUGGUUCAGCGAAGUAGUAUGGGAAAAGCUGCUCUCAAGAAACAUAGAGACACCGUACGAACCACCAAUCCAACAGGGUCAAGGUGACACUUCGCAGUUCGAUAGAUACCCUGAGGAAGAAAUCAACUACGGUGUCGAAGGGGACGAUCCGUAUGCAGAUCUAUUUAAAGACUUCUAG